UUUUUGUCUAGGAGGUUUUAGUCGCGCAAUUUUACAACUAACCAAGAUAUUUGGUGCAGUAUUUCUCAAGUGAAAACAUGUUCAUGAAAACGAGUCUCUCCUUCAAAUACGACAAACGUUUGGUUGAAGGAGCCCUCAAACUUCCGCUUGCUUGGAAAGAAAAAUGGUGGCACGAACCAUAGAAAUUUAAUGAAUAGAAAUGACAUGGAACAUCAUGGGUACUCUUGCAAUGGCUGCCUGGUAUUGUGACGCAAUACUUUAUAUUGUACUGGAGAAUGUUAAUUUAACUUAUGCUAACUGUUGUGGCUCCAGCAAUGGGGAGUAAUUUUAUUUUAUGUCCGUUGAGCUGUUAAAACAAAUCACAGCCCAAAUUGAUGGGUACACUUCCUGCUUUGCUACUAUGGGUACGCUUGCAAUGGCCGCCAGUCCACCCAUUAUGCAUAAUUCAAUUGAAUGGGGAUACCGUUCUAUUCAUUCUAGUGCUAUGGCAGGAACAGCCGGGAAAAAAAACAUUGCAGAAGACCAAAACGUCACGAUAAUAUAUGCAGGAACUGUUUCGGAUGGGAAGCACGACCAUGAUAAUUUAGCGAAACAGAUGGAACACGGGCCUUUGAACAUUGUCUUCAUAUGAAUUUGCCUAUUCUGAAUCAGUCGGUCGCAUAGAAAAAUGAUUUUCUAAAUGCUCGAACAGCUCUUGAAUCGAGUCUAGCAGGUAAUCCAUAUUCAUCCGCUUUAGAUGCCUCACCAACCUCAGUCAAUCAGCAACGGAGUACCCGGAUGGAACUGUCAUGGCCGCCAUCGCUGAACUGCAAGGCUAAAGAGAAAAGGAAGGAGCCUCUAUAUUGAAGCAUGGAAGAGGACCUGAAAACACUGGAUGAUCCUGCUGAAAGCCAUGACGACAUGGAGGCUGAGGAAGAAAAGGAAUUGGCAAAGGACCACACCGGCCAGAAGUUUGAUCAAUUUCCUGGGUUGCCAUAUAGUGACCAAUGUGACCCUGAUGAAACAUCUGUUGAAGAGUCAGGUAGUCGCAAGACAGCCAGAAAAGCAUCUAAGUCACCAUGUAAAAUACAGCAAGGUGCAGUCUUCUCUGGAAAAAUACUUAGCUUUGGGUGUUCAGAGUGUAAGGGUGACUCUACCUACAGCCCCAAUGAUCUCCUCAAACAUUUUCAGGGGGCCCACAAGGGGACCCUGCCGACGUAUCCGUGUGACUUGUGUGGCUUUGUUACAAAUGAGUUCCCUGCACUUCAGCGCCAUCGGAUCGGGCACAGGAACACUUUAGUCACAUGCGAGAUCUGUAAUGAUGAUGUACAGUACUCUCUCCUCCUGCUCACUAGACACUAUAUCAUGUCUCACAGCCAAAAUGGCCACUUUCACUGUGAAAAAUGUGAGUUUUCAACAGUUGAUGCAGGGACAUUUGUUCAGCACAUCCAUCAUCACAAUGAGAGCCGGCUCAAAUGUGUGAAAUGUCAACAUGUGAGCUCUAGCCGAGGUGAGCACCAGAGGCACCUAAAACUCCACUCGGGUACCUUCCCCUUCACGUGUCAGGUCUGUGGAUAUGGGGCAGCACGGAGAGAAUACCUCACAAAGCACAUGGUAACUGUCCAUGGUGAGGAAGCAGGCAAGAAAAAUAAAUGGAGAGCAACGGAGGACCGCAACAAUACCCUGGUAAACUCCUCUUCAGGAUUAAAACUCCUGCUGAAGAAAAGCCCAGCUGCAGGUGGUCAAUCCAAGGAAUCCCAGUGGAUGUCCAAACUGAAUUCUCUUCCUGGAGUAGGUUUACUUGACCAAAAUGGAAGGUUGUUGAACCCAGAGAAAACAUUGGAGGAAACCCAACAGUUCCUUGAAAGGGCUGUGGGUGUGAAACAGGACUGUAAGAAGCGGGUCAAAGGGACUCUUAAAAAUGAGCAACAAUUUGACUCCCAGGCUGUAUCAUCGAUACCACCACCUAAGUCCCCGGAAAGUGAUGACAGUUAUGAGGCUGAUACCCUAAACCCGAACUCCAAUGGACUAACUGUUCUCAUGGUCAAAAAUAAAAUCUCUAUUCCACCUAACUGUACUACAAAAGUAAUGGGGUUCAAAAUGGUUGACGGCAAAAAGCAUUUAGUUCUCAAAGUUAUACCAACAGCAAAGCCUGAGUCCUCUGCAGAAAAUAGAAUGUUAUGUAGAGCGCAAGAGAGAGGCUGCCCAAUUAUAGACGCUACCUCCGAUGGAAAUCAAUGCUCAGAUUCGGCUGAAAAUUGGGAAAAUUCAAGUACUAGCUUCCCUUACAUGACAGUUCUAAGCCCUUCAGGGACUGAUCGAGAUGCUGCAAUUUCAGUUCAAGUGAAACCAGAGGAAGAGGACAUUAGCAUUGAGGAGAUGUUGCCCAUACUGGAGAAACUACCACAGAAAAUGGCACAGAAAGCAAAACACACAGAGCAGCAGAGGAAUGGUGAAAAACAUAAGUUUAAGGAUGAACAGAUUCCUUCCUUGGCAGUUUCUCCAAUGACCAAAGAGUCAGAUCACUCCACGAUUCAGAACGGUAAACUGAAUAACAAUACAUCAUCAAUUGCUAAUCAGUCGAAUAAUUCUGAGUUGGGAGACAAAAUGUCUGCUUAUUCAAGCCCUAAUGUGACUGCUGUGGAGGUCGUUUCAGCCAAAAUGCUCACAGAUAAGACCAUGCCCUCUGAAUCCGCUAAUGAGACCAUGCUUCCCAAACCAGUCUCUGAAGAAACUAUCAGCAUGCUUAGAGUUGGUGACCUGAAUACAGCUACAGCUGAUAAGAUCAGUGACCCCAUCACUGAAAAUUGCCCUGUGCCCAAUGGAGAGACGUUACCAUCCAAUGACAAACCUAAGAAGACUGCCCCAGGACCCAUGACUGGUGACAUCCUACCUUCUGAUAAUACUGUUGAAAAUAAUCAUUCAAUUAUCAAGGAGAUGGUUCCUACUGAUUUUACUGCCAAUAAGAGUAAUUCCUGUGUAGCGACUAAGACUAAAACUGAAACUUUAUCUCCAGAUCUGAUGCUACAACUGGAGUCACACCCAGCUGAAUCCGACAACUCCAAAGAGACUGAUGCUAAUGCUGAAAAUCUUAAUUCUCCCAACCAAGAGGUGUUCAGUUUUCAUAAUUACUCAAAGGAAACAUCAAGCAUUUCCUCCAACUCAACACAACCUUGUGAACAUCCAUCAGAGCUUUUGACAGAGGAUGAAAGUGUUUGGAUGAAAGAGUCACCUGAAUGGAGCUUGACAUUGGCUGCAUCUCCACAACCUCCAGAUGAGGGGAAUGGGGAAGUGGAGUCUGCAGAAGAGACUGAGACUGCAAUGGAGACAGUGUCAGAUGGUGACAUUGAGGUUGAUGAGUGCAUAGCUACUGUAGAUCUGGCCACCCCAGUGGCAGCUGAGAUAGAUAAUCAUGGACACUCUGGGUCUAAACACCAAGUCCAAACUACAGUAAAAAUGGAGGAGGAGAGUGUUCCUGUGUCAGAAAGGGUAACAGGGAGCAUAAAUAGUUUGGCCGUCUUGGGUCGCAUACUGGAGGAGCAUUCAGAUGCUAUCAUUAACCACCAGCUUGAGAAAGAUAGAAUAGGCUGCUCAGCUGCUAGCCAUGAUUCUGUUAAGCCACCUAAGACUAUGCUAAGGAUCCUUAAAACUGCAGAGGGAAAGCAACAGAUGUUCUUACAGACUGCAGAGAACCAGUUUGCUGUACCUGUGCAGCUCCAAGGCAACACAGGGUUCAAGCUGAUAACCAAAUGCUCUGCUCCUCAGAUCAAUGUGUCCUAUGUUAAGCCAGGAAUUGAAAUGCAGAAUCACACCACAGGGUUGGCACUCACCCUCAAUGGUGGAAGGUUCAGCAUUCUAGGACAUACUUUAGGUGCUAGUGAAAAAGGUGCAAUGCCGUUAUCUGCUAUUCAGCCUGGAGCCAGUACGAGUACAAGCAACUACCUAGUCAACAGCACAGCUUUUAAGGGAAAUAUGCUGUUGUCAGACGCAGCACAUGGUUCUCCUGGAGAAAAUACCAUAAAAUCACUGCAGACUUGUUACUUAGUACAGAGACCAGUCCCUGUAACCCAGCCCCCCCACAAUGCAGGUAGCAAAUUAGCAAGCUCAAUGUCUCAAUCUCCACUCUUGUCCCGUCCAGUUUUGGCAAUGUCUGCGAACUCGGUGAACAAAUUAACUGCAUUGCACACUGGGCGACAAGCCUUCUUGGUUAGAUAUAUCUCUCCAGCUAAGUCAGGGAUGCUUCUGAAUAGUCUUGAUGGGAAGUCUGUGAACCAGAAAGGUCAACCUAAUGAAAACCGAGGAAAUAAAGUUGUUUAUAAGAUCGUCAGAACUGCCAAUGGUAGCACAUUUCUUGCUGGUGCUGCACACUCCUCUGCCAACAAGCCCAUUUAUCUGGCCACAAAUUCCACACAGAUGCCCUGUUUUCUGAUGUCAUCAAAUAAUGUCUCUACUGGAGGGCAAAAACUGGUACCCAUACAAAAUACCUCCCACAAACCUGUCACAGCCUCCAAGCUCUCAAAUCUUCUGUCCCCCCAAUCCAACAUGCAAGGUAGGGUCAGACAGCAAGUGGGCAUAGAUGGUCUGAAUAAAUUGCCCCUUACCCCAAGGCCAAGUCGCCAGCUAAGUCAAAGGAAGAGACACAGGAAAGCGUUGUUUGAUGAACUUCCAGAGCACUUGCCUAAAGUGAAGAGGCUCUCGAGCAAGGCAGUAACUGAGAAAAGGGCUCCCUCGCUCUGGGUGCCUGUACCCAAAGAUGCAGAGAGGACUCUGAGACUGUACCCAUUCAGUUCACUACAAGAGAUAAAAUGCCCUCGACGAAAUCAGCCGGUAGUGGUUCUCAACCAUCCCGAUGCCGACAUUCCUGAAGUGGCCAGUAUUAUGAGGUCUGCUAACAAGUACAAAGGUGCUGUUUCCAAGGUGGCACUGUCCCAAAAAACGGUUCAAGCUCUCUCUGAACUCUGCCCGACUGGACGUCUGGGGAAAAGCUCCAAGGUGAAAUGUCCCUCAUCACAAAGCUGUGGGUCGAGACUUCGACCUUCAGAAAGCAGAGUCAGAGAGCGAUUUCUGUUAAAACUGAAGUUUAAAAAGACUAGCAGGAAAAAGUAUGAGGUGGUGAAGUCCUUAUCUAGAUGUGCAGAGAGGUCAUCAAUGUUUGCCUGUUGGUUUUGUGGUCGACUCUUCAACAACCAAGAGGAGUGGAUAGGCCACGGCCAACGGCAUCUCAUGGAGGCAACCAGAGACUGGAAUAAGCCAUUUUAAAACUGUCACAUAGCCCCUGGAUGGUCCAAAAUACCAUCUUAUAGAGUGGCACAAAUGGAGAGGUUAAAGUUGUAUAUUUUUCAAAUGACUCAUUAGUAUACUUUAUUCUUACAGCAGUUUCUAUUCCCAUAAAUGCCCUUAUAGCUAUGUUUGAGUCACUGUUUUUGAGGCUGUUGAUGUGUGGUACAACCUGAAACCUUUUGGUAUGUAUAGAUAUUCUAAUACGAUUAUGUAAAUAUGACAAACUCGUUUGUACAGAUGGAAUUGAACUGUGAAAACUUGGCACACUGUAAUGGAGUAUAUUUGAGGGAGCAAUGUUGCUACAUUUUUUUUGUAUUCAGAAAUGUACCAAAUUCCUCAGGUGAUUUCAUAUUCUCUGAUUCAACUCAUCUGCUUUGUAACAUACAGUUGAAGUUGGAAGUUUAAAUAUACUUAGGUUGGAGUCAUUAACUUGUUGUCAUUAACUUGUUUUCAACCACUCCACACAUUUCUUGUAAACAAACUAUAGUUUUGGCAAGUUGGUUAGGACAUCUACUAUGUGCAUGACACAAGUAAUUUUUCCAACAAUUGUUUACAGACAGAUUAUUUCAUUUAUAAUUCACUGUAUUAAAAUUCCAUUAGGUCAGAAGUAUAUGUACACUAAGCUGACUGUGCCUUUGAACAGCUUGGAAAAUGUCAUACAAUUAUGUCAUGACUUUAGGAGCUGCUAAUAGGCUAAUUGACAUCAUUUGAGUCAAUUGGAGGUGUACCUGUGGAUGUAUUU